CAUUUCCCUAAUAGAAAACGGAAACUGGCGAGUCCACGAAAUAGAGAAAAGCGACGAGAGGUGAUGCUUGGACGAAUAUAUAAUCAAAUAACAACACAAAAAUACUAAGGAACUGUUUUCAGUUGCUUUUAUUUCUGUAGUGCUGUCGACGGAAGACCCACAACAAUGUCUGCCCAAGCUCAAAUGAGAGCUUUACUCGACCAGCUAAUGGGAACAGCGAGGGAUGGUUCAGUGUAUCUUUGCCAGCCUACAACAAUCUGCAAAGGAGUUGCAGAAAAGCCUCAUGUUCAUCGAGCCGUGAGUCACACAUAAUUUUUAAAGCUGUUAUGAUGAAUAUCCAAACCAUUUGUUUGCCUUCCGGAAGUUAUUGUAGCUUUUUUUAAAUACACAAAUGGGUAUAUCUUCAGUGGCACUAGAAUUACAAUUUGGAGUAGUAUUAUGCAGCUUGAGCUAAGACGUCUGGUCGCGCAGAAUCCAAACAAGCAGUUCAAUCACAGUUUUCAAUGAGACGUCUGUUAUCAGAAGGCAAUUUUAACAAUCAUCGGAAGAAGAAAAAACUUUGCACACAUCCUUUACAAUCUGACUUGUGUAUGACUCCCAACUUCUUACUACAGGUAUGGGCAAGAAAACUGUUCCCAUUUAUACUUUUCUACAGCGGGUUUAAAAUUCUGCAGCUGAGGUCUUGAAGAUGCAGAAGGGUACAGUAUGUGGUGCAGAUCGCAGUGUGUAUAAACUAAAUUUUUUUCCUUGGAUUUCUUUUUUGUUUUUUGUUUUGAAUUUCUUUUCAAUGUUUCAUAUUUGUAGAAGGCUUGGCUGGAACAUUUGUCUGAAAUGUUUACAUUUCUCGUCACAGUCUUGAUAGCAGUCUUUCCUGCAUAGUUAUAUGCAUUGAAAUGUAAUGAAAACUUUAUGAAAAUGAAGGUACCUCUGUUCACACUAGUUAACUGAAGCACAAGUUUGUUAUUUACCUGGUUUGUGUCCCUCCCGGUUAGCUUAAUCUCAUAAUGCUCCACACUUACAGAGUGGACAUUGAGCCAUAUCACAAGUUAAUUUUUAUUAAGGCUUGGGAAAGGUUGGUAAGCACCAAGAAUAACAGGAGCUACAUGUAACUUUUACUUCUUCAGUCUUGACACAUUCAUGGCUAAUAAAGGUAGUCCAGCAGAGGCACAUUAUAUAUUACAGGUAAAUAUGUUAUACCAAUGAAGUAUGUGUAAAGUUUUGACAAUCGGAAAAUGAAACGAUUGGUUUCACUCAUUUAGAUGGGUAAAACAUCCUUGAAUGCAUUUAAAGUGACACAUACUGCCCAUUUAAUGUUGUGCAAUUACAGUAUAGUAAAGCACUGGAUACCUCGUCCCUGAUAACAAAUAUGUGAGGUCUUUCUCACUGGUUGUUUUUGGACUGUUUCAGGGGAUGAAACGCGACAGAGGGUCAAGUUCACUGACGAACGAGUCUGCAAAAGUCAUCUUCUAAACUGCUGUCCACAUGACAUCCUGUCUGGAACUCGUAUGGACCUGGGAGAGUGCACCAAGAUCCAUGACCUGGCACUUCGGGCAGAUUAUGAAAUUGCUUCCAAGGAGAGAGAUCUAUUCUUUGAGCUUGACGCGGUCGAGCACCUGGAGUCUUUCAUUGCUGACUGUGACCGGAGGACAGAACUAGCCAAGAAGCGUCUGGCUGAGACCCAAGAAGAGAUCAGUGCUGAGGUGGCAGCAAAGGCAGAGAAGGUCCAUGAGCUGAAUGAGGAAAUAGGGAAGCUCCUGGCCAAGGCUGAGCAGCUCGGAGCCGAGGGCAACGUCGACGAGGCCCAGAAAGUCCUGCAGGAAGUUGAGAAGGUCCGCACUAGGAAGAAGGAUGCAGAGGAAGAGUACAGAAACUCAAUGCCAGCCUCCAGCUUUCAGCAGCAGAAGCUUCGGGUGUGCGAGGUGUGCUCUGCUUACCUGGGUCUCCAUGACAACGACCGUCGUUUGGCUGACCAUUUUGGUGGGAAGCUUCAUCUGGGCUUCAUUCAGAUCAGAGAGAAACUGGACCAACUAAAGAAAACCGUGGUCGACAAGCAGGAGAAAAGGAACCAGGAGCGCUUGAAGAGACGAGAAGAGAGGGAGAAAGAGGAAAAGCUGAAGAAGAGGACCAGAUCACGGAGCAGAGAGCAUAAAAGAUCCCGUUCUCGUGACCGCAGAAGGAGGCGCUCACGCUCCACAUCACGAGACAAGCGCCGUUCACGCUCACGCUCCAGGGAGAGGAGAAGGAGGCAUCGCAGCCGAUCCCGCUCUCGCAGCCGAGGACACCGUCACAACCACGAGCAGAGCUCCAGACACAAGUCGUCCAGGGACCGAGAGCGCUCGUCCAGAGACGGGUCACGGGACAGGAGGGAUGGUAUGAACGGCAGGUCGGACUCCCGCCGGGCAGACGACAGGGAUAUGGGGGACCUCUGAAGACCAAACUCCAUCCAUCAGGACACCCAGCCUCCUCCUGUCUCUCUCUCACCCAUCUGUCCAUUUAUAAUAUCCUAAUGUCACACACAGUCCUUGCCUUGCCCCCUUUGUUCUCCCGCCCGCCACCUUUCUUUGCUUUAACAGUUAAUGCAGCCGACCCAGAGUGUACACAUACCUGAAAUAUAUAUAUUGUAUGGAUAAAAUAUUCUAGCAUCCAGAUAUAUCAAAAGAUUGCAUUUGGAGGGGGGGGGGAAUUAGUUAUUGAUCAGUAGUGGAGUGUAUUGUAAUACCCACAUCUGUGAUUUGGUGGCUGUCUGUAUCCAAUACAUCCCAUGUCUUGUUAGAAACUACCCUGCAAUGAUUCCUACAGAAAAAAAGCAAACAGACAGAUGGUCUGCUGGACUAAAGCAUAAAGUGUAACUGAUCCAUAUUCUUUUGUUAUUAACUGAUGGUCUUUUGAUACAGAAACUGUCUGAAUAUCUUAUAUCUGAAUAUGUUUUGGGCCUACUCUGAAAAACUUCAUCCUAUCUUAUUUUUUUUUUUUCCCCCGUCUCCCUCAAGAUUUCUUUUCACAAGCUCCUGGCAGGAGUUGUUGACUCCAUGAGUGCAGUUCACGAAUGUUUGUCCACAUUUUUUUUUUUUUUUUUUUUUUUUUUUUUGCCACUUAGUUUUCUAAAGCCAAGUUGAAGUCAAUCCCAAUUCAGAAGGUUUUAAAGUUAUGAGUAGUAGUAUCAAAUUGUUUCCCAUUGUCCACUUUUCUUUUUUUUUUUUAACUAAUCCAAGUUUUAUUUUCCGCUGCCAGUAGUGAAGGGAAUCUAUUUGAGACUUUAGCCAGUGUAAGUAAAUGCUUGUUUUGAAUUGUAUUGGUGGCAAGUAUUUUGUUUAAUGAUUUGUUUCCAUCUUGAUUUCUUUUAUUUAAAUAAAUGGUAACUUCAAAGUUUUGUGUCGGCAUGGUGAAGCAGUAGGUAAAGCUACAUUAGGAAUUCAGUGCUGUAACUGUACAUACCGGUACCAUAAGUCUUUAUUUUUGGCCCAAUUAAGACAAAUUCCUCUGAAUAGAUUUAUAACUGCAAACAGAUUUUAAUGGAUAUAUUGCUUUACCUUAUGUGUGAAGUCAUAUCUGUUUAUGUUCUGCUGGAAAUCUUCCUUUAAAGUCUCAAUUAAAAACAAUCACCAUUUAAAUUUU